AUGAGCUUUUUCACCAUCGACAAGCCUCCGGGCGUACCGUAUGUUGUGUUAAAGCUGCUUCACUUGAUGGGCAUUUCCGUGGAACAGCGCGUUCGGUAUGGACUCGUUGUAGCGAUAUUCCUGGUGUUUCUGGUGGUGAUUGCCAUUCCGAAAAUGUGCUUCGGCUAUCCGGACUUUGAAUCCUCCGUUAUUGGUUUGGCUGAGUUGUUCUUUCAGACGAACCGGUUCGUCGGAGUACUGUUGAUUGCCCUCUACAACGACACGCUUAUCCAGCUGAUUCGCAAAGCAGAGACCUUCACUCGUGAUGUGCUCACGGAGGUCCCACCAGUUGCUCAGCAUCUCAUCAGCCGGGAUAGGCAGAUCAAUCGCGUGCUCAAAGUGUAUCUCAUCGCGAUUCUGGUGCCGGCCAACUUUUACAGCAACUCACCCAUUGCGGUGACCCUCUGGAACUAUUAUGGUGCAGCUGGGAACGAAUCUUCGGUCCAAUUUAAUCUGCUCAUGGAGGAGAAUUUCUACGGACUGGACAUCCGAUCGAAUCUGUGUCACUAUCUCAUCUUCGGGGUCAUCAUGACACCAACCGCUUACUUGUGCUCUUUUGUUGGCACGGCCAAGCUCGCUUCACUCUUGGCACUCAUCAAGUACUGCACCAUCUACUUUCAGGUGGUUAGCCUGAAGAUACAGGAUACGGCACGUCAUCGACGUUACGACACCGAGCUGAGCAAGAUCAUCCGAAUGCACCAGGAUGCGCUCGAGAUGGCCCAGCAGCUGAAGACGCUUACGGCACCCAUUUUGCUGAUGCAGUUCCUACUCUGUGUGCUGGUUUGGAGCUCUAUGCUGCUCUACUUCACCGUAUCGGGAUUUGGCACACAGUUCAUCAAUCUGUUUGUCCUGUUUGUGUUCGACACAACCGAAAUGUUCGGGUACUGCUAUCUGGGAAACGAACUUUCUGAUGCCGCCACUGGAGUAGGGAAGGUGCUAUACGAAAACGGUUGGGAAGGUGAAAGUCCUAAAGUGCAAAAGAAACUACAGUUGGUGCUGUUUCGUUCUCAAAACCACGUCGGUAUAAUGGCUGGAAAGUUCGCUUACAUGAACAUGGAGCAGUUCGGAGAGAUCGUUAAAACCACUUACUCGUUUUUCGUGGUUCUUCGGGAUGUGUUUUAAAUGCUGCAAAGCAUUUUGUAUCAAGUCAUGAUGACUGUGUUGCUAGCGCUUAGCUAGAUUAGUACGAUUGCGAAG